UCUAAAACAUACCUAAUAAAGUGCUCACUGAGUAAAUACAAGGUGUAAUAAGCACAAUUGGUCAUAUAAAUCUCUGUCAUUUAUGUUUCAUAUUUUAGAUAUUUUGUUGAUGCUCUUUCCUAGAGCAGGUUAUAAUUAGUGCACAAGAAAGCAAAUGCCAAGACAGAUCUGGGACGUACAGGUGCAGCAUAAAGAUGCUAGCAUAUGUUAUACGCUGCAGACUGUUCGUGUUUGGACAAUGACACAUUGUCUUGGCUCUGUACUCCCAUCAUAUUAGGUUUGAAAUAAAACAAUGAAUAUGAGGUUGAAGUACAGAAGGUCAGCUUUAAUUUGAGGGAAUUUAAAUCCAUAUUGAGUGAUCUGUGUAAGAAUUCCCUACAAGAAUUACAGGGGCAAGAAAAAUUGUGAACCCUUUAGAAUGACCUGCAUUUAAGUAUACCAAAUGACUAAAUGUAUACAUUUGCCUUGAAAUAUGAUCUGAUCUUCAUCUAAGUUACAAUAAUGUACAAACACAAUCUGUUUUAACACAGACAUUAUUGUAUUGUUCUUUGCCAAAUUGAAUGCAUCAUUCAAACAUUCACUGUAUAGGCUGGAAAAGGUAUGUGAACCCCUAGGCUAAUGACUUCAACAAAAGCUAAUUGGAGUCAGGAGCUAGCAAACCUGGAGUCCAAUCAAUAAAACAGAUUAGAGGUGUGGUUUAGAGCUACUUUCACUCAUAAAAAACACUAAAACAUUUGGUAUUCACAAGAAGCAUCUGCUGAUGUGAACCAUGCCCUGAAAAGAUCUCAGAAGUUUUUCUCAUAAAAGUUUUUAUAUUCAUCAGUCCAUAGUUGGACAAAUUGUCCAUAAUAGUUCUCUGACUACUCUCCUUAGAAGUGGGAGCCCAACCAAGAUGACUCAAUGCAGAAUGCACAAUGAGGUAAAAAAGAACCAUAGUCACAACUAAAGGCUUGAAGGAAUCAUUGGAACUAGUUAACAUUUCUAUUCAUGAGUCUGCCAUAUGCAGAAUAUUGAACAGGCGUGGACGGCACAGAGGGAGCCAUUGCUCAUCGCUGUGCGGCUGAAGUUUGCCAAAGAGCACCUUCACACUCCACAACGCUAGUGGGAAAAUGUUUUGAGGACUGAUGAAACUAAGGUUGACCUGUUCAGGAAGACCAUGCAGCACUAUGUAUGGCAUUAAAAGGGCACCAUAUCCCAACAUGAAAACUUAAUCCCAGCAGAGUACGGUGGAGGGAACAUCAUGCUCUGCUGCUGCUUUGCUGCUUCGAGGCCUGGACUGCUUGCCAUCAUCAAGGGGAAAUUAAUAACCAAGUUUAUCAAGGUGUUCUACAGGAUAACGUCAGCGUGGCUGUCCUCCAGCUGAAACUCAGUAGAAGUUGGUGAUGCAGCAGGACAAUGACCGUAAACAUUGAAGUAAAAAUACUACAGAAUGGGUUCAAAAAGAUGUGGGUUUUGAAAUAGCCCAGUCAGAACCCUUAACACAAUAGAGAUGCUGUGGAAUGACCUCCAGAGCUGUUCACACCAGACAUCCUAAGAAUAUGGUUGACCUGAAGCAGUUCUGUAAGGAAGAAUGAUAGAUACUGUGUUGGGAAGCAAAAAUCCACUGAGCUCAGCAAUAGCAAGUGACCUGGUAGACCAUUACAUUACAUUAUUGGUAUUUGGCAGACACUCUUACCCAGAGCGACAUACAGUUGAUUAGACUAAGCAGGAGACAGCCCACAUGUACGUAUCUUUAUGGUGUGAAUAUAUGCAAAUUUGCUAUUUUUUAUUCCACUGACAGUGGCAAAGACUACUAACUCAAAAUGAGUGAAAUCGCAUUUGAAAUAUAUGCACAGCAGGGUAGGAUUUUCUGCCAUUUCAAACCAAGGUCACACCUCCACCUGGUGGCGAAGAUGGAACGUUAUGUACGAUACAGCUAAACGAAUGCUAGUGGAGUGUUUGCGCUAUAAUAUUUUAUUGUAUGGUAGCUAUUCAGGUACGUAUUGAAAGUACAACAAUACCGGUGUUUCAUAUGAAUUCCUACUGAAGAUGGAAUAAUAUAAACGUUACGAAACAAAACAAAUACUUCCGGUUUCUUCUCGUUCAGAGAUCAAGGUUCAUGAAGCCCAUUUUCUGCUCUGUGAUUGGUGGACAGCCGGUGUGUUCGUAGGCGAUAGGUAGUUGGAUUUACACCUACUUCUUCACAAAUUCAUUCGGCAGUAAACAAACGCAAGGUGAGCAGAGUUGCAGGACGCCAGUUUGCUAUGCUAUCUGCACGGAGUGCCUACGCGGCCUCGGCUGCCAAGCAGCUGCUCCGGCCGGCUGGAGCUUCGCCUGUGUCGGACAGGCACCUGCGGCGACUCUGGACUGCACCUCCUUCGCGGCAGAAAGAGCUACACCCCACGUGGGCCGAGCUGGCCAAGAAACAGCUGAAAGGGAAGAACCCUGAAGAGCUGAUCUGGCACACCCCGGAGGGUAUAUCCAUCAAGCCGGUCUAUACUCGCUGUGACUCGGAGACGGUCCCUGAUGAACUACCGGGCGUAUUCCCCUUUACCCGCGGGCCCUAUCCCACUAUGUACACCUACAGGCCAUGGACCAUCAGGCAGUAUGCCGGCUUCAGCACCGUGGAGGAGAGCAACAAGUUUUACAGGGACAAUAUCAAAGCUGGGCAGCAGGGCCUCUCUGUGGCCUUUGACCUGGCCACUCACCGUGGUUACGACUCAGACAAUCCCAGGGUGCACGGCGACGUGGGCAUGGCGGGCGUGGCCAUCGACACGGUGGAGGACACCCGGCUUCUGUUCGACGGGAUCCCUCUGGAAAAGAUGUCUGUCUCCAUGACCAUGAACGGGGCAGUCAUCCCCAUUUUGGCCAUGUUCAUCGUGACGGGCGAGGAGCAGGGCGUGCCCCUCCAUCAGCUGACCGGCACCAUCCAGAACGACAUCCUGAAGGAGUUCAUGGUGCGGAACACCUAUAUCUUCCCGCCUGAGCCGUCCAUGCACGCCAUCGCGGACAUCUUUGCCUACACCUCCAAGCACAUGCCCAAGUUUAACUCCAUCUCCAUCAGCGGGUAUCACAUACAGGAGGCUGGCGCGGACGCCAUUCUGGAGCUGGCCUACACCAUCGCCAACGGCCUGGAGUACUGCCGCACCGGCUUGAAGGCUGGGCUCUCCAUCGACGAAUUCGCCCCCAGGCUCUCGUUCUUCUGGGGCAUCGGGAUGAACUUCUACAUGGAGAUCGCUAAGCUGAGGGCGGCCAGGCGGCUCUGGGCCUCUCUGAUCCAGGAGAAGUUUCAGCCCAAAAACCCCAAAUCCCUGCUGCUCCGCACCCACUGCCAGACCUCCGGGUGGUCCCUCACUGAGCAGGACCCCUACAACAAUGUGAUCCGCACAGUCAUCGAGGCGAUGGCAGCCGUGUUCGGGGGCACGCAGUCCCUGCACACCAACUCCUUCGACGAGGCGCUGGGUCUGCCCACCAUCAAGAGUGCCCGCAUCGCCCGCAACACGCAGAUCAUUGUGCAGGAGGAGUCCGGGAUCCCCAAAGUGGCCGACCCCUGGGGCGGGUCCCACAUGAUGGAGUCCCUCACCUCAGACGUUUACAACGCUGCACUCAAGUUCAUCACAGAGAUCGAGGAGAUGGGGGGCAUGGCACGGGCGGUAGCCGAGGGGAUCCCCAAACUCCGCAUCGAGGAGUGCGCUGCCCGUCGGCAGGCCCGCAUCGACUCCGGGUCGGAGGUCAUUGUCGGGGUGAACAAAUAUCGUCUGGAUAAGGAGGAGUCUGUGGAAGUCCUGGCGAUCGACAACACCGCGGUUCGCAACAAGCAGAUAGAGAAACUGAAGAGGGUGAGAGAAACGCGGGACAGCGAGAGGGCGCAGAGUUGUCUGUUGGCCAUUGAGGAGUGCGCUCGCACGCGCAGUGGAAACCUGUUGGGGCUAGCUGUGGAGGCAGCUCGGGCCAGGUGUUCGGUUGGGGAGAUCACAGACGCCAUGAAGGGGGUGUUCGGGGAGCACAAGGCCAGCACACGCAUGGUGAGCGGGGCGUACCGCAGCGAGUUCGGGGAGCACCAGGAGAUCUCCAGCGCCCUCCAGAGAGUUGCACAGUUUAAGAAGCAGGAGGGCAGGAACCCACGCCUCCUAGUGGCCAAGAUGGGACAGGACGGCCAUGACCGGGGGGCCAAAGUCAUCGCUACGGGAUUUGCUGACCUGGGGUUCGACGUGGACAUUGGACCCCUUUUCCAGACCCCUCUGGAGGUGGCCCAGCAGGCUGUGGACGCAGAUGUGCACUGUGUGGGGGUCAGCACGCUGGCUGCUGGACACAAGACCCUCGUCCCUGAGCUGAUCAGAGAGCUGCACAGCCUCCAGCGGCCCGACAUCCUGGUCAUCUGUGGAGGAGUAAUCCCCCCCCAGGAUUAUGAGUUCCUGUAUGAAAAGGGCGUCUGCAGCAUCUUUGGCCCCGGCACCCGCAUUCCCCAGGCGGCCGUCGAGGUGAUCGACAACAUCGAGAGGAGCCUGGAGAAAGGCCAGCAGACACUCUGACACCGCCGCCACCCCCCACUGACCCGCUGAAAGGAUCCUGCAUCACAACAUGCCUGCAGCCUUCGCUGUCUGUAGCCCUGACCCUUCACACACAAGACAUGCGCCUUUGAAUUCUGUCUGAUUUUUAUUUAUGUAGCAUCUUUUAAUGUAAAUCAACAUGAACUGAGUGAAAUGUAUUUCAAGCUGUUGAAUCUUUUUUGAUUUUGGCUCAUAAAUAUUUGGUGAAAUGGCUGCAGAUUAGGAUGAGGCCAAUGGCUGUUACAGACACUACCACUGUUAUAAUCACUGACACCAUGCCAGUGUUAGUUUUUGAUUGUCCAUUUCAGAAAAAAACCCCAAAAAAACACUUUAUCCAAUUUUUGUAUCCAAUUCCUCUUACUGUCUAGAGGGUGCAGGGCUUAUAUAAUAAUAAAAUAAAUUUCCAGAAACUUGUGAAUAAACAAUGGGUGUGUUUGA